GACAUUGUUGUUAUUAUUAUUAUUAUUUAAUUUAUUUCGAUGUUUUAAUGUCAGAUUUAACCUCAAAUAAAUAAGUUACAAGCAUGGCUGAUUUAAAAGAUUUAUUUGUCAGUGCGACACAGCGAUUAUUUAGUAAUUGGACAGCAUUACGUAUGGCUGUUGAACAUGGGCAUGGAUCCAAAGACAGUGUCAGUAAUUUUUUGUAUCACAUCACCACCUUUAUAAAUGAGAAUGAAAACUUAUCAGAUGAUCAACUAGCAGAAGAACUGAAGGAAUGUAUAGAUGACGAGUUUGACAUUCAGUUGGAAGAUGAGAGUGAGAAACAGAUAGCAAAUAUUUUGCUUAAAUUUAAUCAGUACUGCAGCCAAGGUAAUUUAGAAUUAGUUCAGUCAGAAAUGGAUAAAUUGCCGACCCUAAAACCCUGGAUUUUAUCGCGAGAAGAAAUUAUAAGUCAGAGGAAUAGAUCGCAUGCUGAUUCGCUAGCGAAUAAUUUAGAGGAUUCUUCCUCGGACACUGAUGGAGAUGACGAAGAUAUGGAGACUGAUGAAACUGCUGCUGGUGCUGAUGACGGAUGGACGGAAGUUAAGACGCGAAGAAAGUAAGCUAAUAAAAAAUACACGGUCACCUGUCGCAGUAGUAGGAGAAGAAGCUCCGCGAGGUGAUAAAGAAAAACGGACAAUGCCGGUGGUUGGUGCCGCGUGUGGCAGAUAAAGAGUUGGAUCCGAGAAGUUUAAUAAAAGUAGGGAGUUUAUAAG